AUGACACCCAUUAGCUCAAUUAGAAAUUACAAGGACUACUUACAAUGUAUCAAGAAUUGGGAUGCUUAUUCAUCUCAAGAACAAGACCAAUUAAGGAAAUGGUAUCGUGAAUAUUAUUCUCAUAACAAGGAAGUUGAACGAAAACGUUACAAAGACUACUAUGCCUCAAAUGCAAAAGCCGAAAGGGAAAGAUUGAAAAAGUAUAAAAAGUCUAUCAAGAACUGA